UCGGUUGAGGCGACAGAAGCAUCACUCUGAGGGGAGAAACAAGGAGAAAACACUGACCGACUUUCGGGAGACGCUGCAGCCUUAAACUGGACACGAACUCAGCCAUCGCUUCAUAUACAGAGCUCUCGUCUCCAGCUGCCCUUUGUGGCCCACUGUUUUAGUCCCUAAUGCCAGAGAUGGCUCAGCGGAGCGGUCAGGAGGACCCGGAGCGGUACCUCUUUGUGGACCGGGCCGUGGUCUAUAACCCGGCCACGCAGGCUGACUGGACUGCCAAGAAACUAGUGUGGGUUCCCUCGGAGAGGCAUGGCUUCGAGGCAGCGAGCAUUCGUGAGGAGCGAGGCGAGGAGGUGUUUGUGGAGCUCGCUGAGAACGGGAAGAAAGCUCUGGUGAACAAAGAUGACAUCCAGAAGAUGAACCCUCCCAAGUUUAGUAAGGUGGAGGACAUGGCCGAGCUCACCUGUCUCAACGAGGCUUCAGUUCUCCACAACCUGAAGGACCGUUACUACUCCGGUCUCAUCUACACAUAUUCUGGACUGUUCUGUGUGGUGAUAAACCCAUACAAAAACCUGCCCAUUUACUCAGAAAACAUCAUUGAGAUGUACCGUGGGAAAAAGAGACACGAAAUGCCACCACACAUCUACGCCAUCUCGGAAUCGGCCUACAGAUGCAUGCUGCAGGAUCGUGAGGAUCAGUCCAUCCUGUGCACAGGUGAAUCCGGAGCAGGAAAAACUGAAAACACUAAAAAAGUCAUUCAGUACCUGGCACACGUCGCUUCCUCCCACAAAGGAAGGAAAGACCACAAUGUUCCUCCAGAGUCUCCUAAAGCUGUCAAACUCCAGAAUGCCAUCCUGCUGUAUGGUGAGUUGGAGAGACAGCUGCUACAGGCUAAUCCUAUCCUGGAAUCAUUUGGUAACGCCAAGACUGUGAAAAACGACAACUCGUCACGUUUCGGGAAGUUUAUCCGGAUCAACUUUGACGUGACCGGGUACAUUGUGGGGGCCAACAUCGAGACCUAUCUCCUGGAAAAAUCCAGAGCUAUUCGUCAAGCUAAAGAUGAGAGAACUUUUCACAUCUUCUACCAGCUGCUGGCUGGAGCAGGAGAACAUCUGAGAUCUGAUCUCUUGCUGGAAGGGUUCAAUAAUUAUCGUUUCCUCUCUAAUGGAAAUAUUCCCAUUCCUGGACAGCAGGACAAAGACAACUUCCAGGAGACCAUGGAGGCCAUGCACAUUAUGAGCUUCUCCCAUGAAGAGAUCUUGUCCAUGCUGAAGGUGGUGUCAGCUGUAAUGCAGUUUGGUAACAUUGUGUUCAAGAAAGAGCGAAACACAGACCAGGCCUCCAUGCCUGAGAACACAGCUGCACAAAAGUUGUGUCACCUGUUAGGGAUGAGUGUGAUGGAGUUCACUCGCGCCAUCCUGACCCCGAGGAUUAAAGUCGGUCGAGACUAUGUUCAGAAAGCUCAAACUAAAGAACAGGCUGACUUUGCAGUUGAAGCUCUGGCCAAAGCAACAUAUGAGCGUCUUUUCCGCUGGCUCGUCCACCGCAUAAACAAAGCUCUGGACCGAACUAAACGACAGGGGGCCUCGUUUAUUGGUAUCCUGGACAUUGCUGGUUUUGAGAUCUUCCAAUUAAACUCGUUUGAGCAGCUGUGUAUUAAUUACACUAACGAGAAGCUGCAGCAGCUCUUCAACCACACCAUGUUCAUCCUGGAGCAGGAGGAGUAUCAGCGCGAGGGCAUCGACUGGAGCUUCAUCGACUUUGGUCUCGACCUGCAGCCCUGCAUCGACCUCAUCGAGAGACCUGCGAAUCCUCCAGGUGUUCUUGCUCUGCUGGAUGAGGAGUGCUGGUUCCCCAAAGCCACAGAUAAGACCUUUGUGGACAAGCUGGUGCAGGAGCAGGGCUCUCAUGCCAAGUUCCAAAAACCACGGCAGCUGAAGGACAAGGCUGACUUCUGCAUCAUACACUAUGCAGGGAGGGUGGAUUAUAAAGCAGACGAGUGGUUGAUGAAGAACAUGGACCCUCUGAACGAUAACGUGGCGACACUGCUGCACCAGUCCACUGAUAAAUUUGUGGCUGAGCUUUGGAAAGAUGUGGAUCGUAUCGUCGGACUGGAUCAGGUGGCUGGGAUGAAUGAAACUGCGUUCGGGGCGACGUAUAAAACAAAGAAAGGAAUGUUCCGGACCGUCGGCCAGCUUUACAAAGAGUCUCUGACCAAGCUGAUGGCCACACUGAGGAACACCAACCCCAACUUCGUCCGCUGCAUCAUCCCCAACCACGAGAAGAGGGCCGGUAAACUGGAACCUCACCUGGUUCUGGAUCAGCUCAGGUGUAACGGUGUGUUGGAGGGAAUCAGGAUCUGCAGACAGGGUUUUCCCAACCGCAUCAUCUUUCAGGAGUUUAGACAGAGAUACGAGAUCCUCACUCCUAAUGCCAUCCCAAAGGGCUUCAUGGAUGGUAAACAAGCAUGUGAGCGGAUGAUCCAGGCCCUUGAGUUGGAUCAGAAUCUGUACCGGAUCGGUCAGAGCAAGAUAUUUUUCAGGACUGGAGUUCUGGCUCAUCUGGAGGAGGAGCGCGACCUGAAAAUCACAGACAUCAUAAUUUACUUCCAGGCUGUGUGUCGUGGAUAUCUGGCUCGCAAAGCCUUUGCUAAGAAGCAGCAGCAGUUGAGUGCUCUGAAGGUUCUACAGAGGAAUUGUGCUGCAUACCUGAAACUGCGCCACUGGCAGUGGUGGAGACUUUUCACAAAGGUGAAGCCUCUUCUCCAGGUGACUCGCCAAGAGGAGGAAAUGCAAGCAAAAGAUGAGGAGCUGGUGAAGGUGAAAGAGAGACAGGUGAAGGUGGAGAAUGAACUGGUGGAGAUGGAGAGGAAGCACCAACAGCUGAUGGAGGAGAAAAAUAUCCUGGCAGAGCAGCUGCAGGCAGAGACGGAGCUGUUUGCUGAGGCGGAGGAGAUGAGAGCUCGACUAGUGGCGAAGAAGCAGGAGCUGGAGGAGAUCCUGCAUGACCUGGAGUCUCGUGUGGAGGAGGAGGAGGAGCGCAACCAGACCCUACAAAAUGAGAAGAAGAAAAUGCAGUCGCACAUACAGGACCUAGAGGAGCAGUUGGAUGAAGAAGAAGCUGCUAGACAGAAGCUGCAGCUGGAGAAAGUAACUGCAGAAGCCAAAAUUAAAAAAAUGGAGGAAGAUCUGCUUCUACUAGAGGACCAAAACUCCAAAUUCCUAAAGGAGAAGAAGCUGUUGGAGGAGAGGGUGGGUGAAAUGACCUCCUUAUUAGCUGAGGAAGAAGAGAAGGCAAAGAACCUUGGGAAGGUGAAGAACAAGCAGGAGAUGAUGAUGGUUGACCUAGAAGAGCGUCUGAAGAAGGAGGAGAAAACCCGUCAGGAGCUGGAGAAGGCUAAGAGGAAGCUGGAUGGAGAGAUGACAGACCUGCAGGAGCAAAUCGCUGAACUUCAGGCUCAGGUUGAUGAGCUCAAACUGCAACUGGCCAAAAAAGAGGAGGAACUACAGGCUGUGCUGGCCAGAGGAGAUGAGGAAGUGGCUCAGAAGAACAACGCUCUGAAGCAGGUGAGGGAGCUUCAGGCUCAGUUAGCUGAGCUUCAGGAGGAUCUGGAGUCGGAGAAAGCAGCUCGGAAUAAAGCAGAAAAGCUGAAGCGGGAUCUGAGUGAGGAGCUGGAGGCUCUGAAGACUGAACUAGAGGACACGCUGGACACCACAGCCGCACAACAGGAGCUCAGGACUAAGAGAGAGCAGGAAGUGACUGAGCUAAAGAAGGCAAUUGAUGAAGAAGCUCGAAAUCACGAGUCCCAGAUUCAGGAGAUAAGACAGAGACACGGUACUGCUCUGGAGGAGCUAUCUGAGCAACUGGAGCAGGCCAAGAGGUUUAAGCUGAACCUAGAGAAGAGUAAGCAGACCCUGGAAGGUGAUAAUAAGGAGCUGAGUAAUGAAGUGAAGGUGCUACAGCAGACUAAACUGGAAUCUGAACACAAACGCAAAAAACUGGAGACACAGCUGCAGGAAGUUCUUGCUCGAGUCACAGAGGGAGAGAGGAACAAAGGAGAACUGAUCGAGCGCACACACAAACUACAGACAGAGUUAGAAAAUGUGUCUGCUCUGUUGGAGGAUGCUGAGAAAAAGGGGAUCAAACUAGCAAAAGAUUCAGCAAGUUUUGAGAGUCAGCUACAGGACACACAGGAGCUGCUUCAGGAGGAGACUCGUCAGAAGCUGAAUUUAAGCAGCCGGAUUAGACAGCUGGAGGAGGAGAAGAACAACUUACAGGAGCAGCAGGAGGAAGAGGAGGAGACACGUAAAAACCUGGAGAAACAGCUGGCAAACCUGCAGGCACAGCUGUGUGAGACGAAGAAGAAGUUGGAGGAUGAUGUGGGUGUGGUGGAGGGUCUUGAGGAGGCAAAGCGGAAGCUCCAGAAGGACAUGGAAGCCUGUAACACACGGCUGGAGGAGAAGACUAUGGCCUUCGAUAAACUGGAGAAGACAAAGACGCGUCUGCAGCAGGAGCUGGACGACCUCACGGUUGACCUGGACCACCAGAGGCAGAUUGUCUCCAACCUGGAGAAAAAACAGAAAAAAUUUGACCAGAUGUUGGCAGAGGAGAAGAGUAUUUCUGCACGUUAUGCUGAGGAGAGGGACAGGGCAGAAGCCGAGGCGAGGGAAAAGGAGACAAAGGCGCUGUCGUUGGCACGAGCGCUCGACGAGGCUCUCGAGGCGAAAGAGGAGUUUGAGAGACUGAACAAACAGCUGCGUGCUGAGAUGGAGGAUCUGAUGAGCUCUAAGGAUGAUGUGGGCAAAAACGUACAUGAGCUGGAGAAGUCAAAGCGCACCCUGGAGCAACAGGUGGAGGAGAUGCGCACUCAGCUGGAGGAGCUGGAGGACGAGCUGCAGGCUACCGAAGAUGCCAAACUCCGCUUAGAAGUGAACAUGCAGGCCAUGAAGGCACAGUUUGAACGUGACCUGCAGGCCAGAGAUGAACAGAACGAUGAGAAGAAGAGACUCCUGGUGAAACAGGUACGCGAGAUGGAGGCAGAGCUGGAGGAUGAGCGGAAGCAGAGAGCUCUGGCUGUUGCUGCUAAGAAGAAGCUGGAGAUUGACCUCAAAGAUGUGGAGGCUCAAAUCGAGGCAGCCAAUAAAUCUCGAGAUGAAGCUAUCAAACAACUCCGCAAGCUCCAGGCUCAGAUGAAGGAUUAUCAGAGGGAGCUGGAGGAAGCUCGUACAUCGCGAGAUGAAAUUUUUGCCCAGUCCAAAGAGAACGAGAAGAAGCUAAAGAGCCUCGAGGCUGAGAUCCUGCAGCUGCAAGAGGAUCUGGCUGCAUCAGAGAGAGCACGUCGUCAUGCUGAGCAGGAGAGAGACGAGCUGGCCGACGAAAUCUCUAACAGCGCCUCUGGAAAGUCUGCCCUGAUGGAUGAGAAGCGGAGGUUGGAGGCUCGUAUUGCUCAGCUGGAGGAAGAACUGGAAGAGGAGCAGAGCAACAUGGAGCUGCUUAAUGAUCGCUUCCGUAAAACAGCCAUGCAGGUGGACACACUGAGCACAGAACUAGCAGGCGAGCGUAGCGCGUCUCAGAAGAGUGAGACGGCUCGACAGCAGCUGGAGAGACAGAAUAAGGACCUGAAGGCCAAACUGCAGGAGCUUGAAGGCUCCAUCAAGUCCAAGUUCAAGUCCAGUAUCGCAGCUCUGGAGGCCAAAAUCCUACAGCUGGAGGAACAGCUGGAGCAGGAGAACAAGGAGCGAGCAGCAGCCAAUAAGAUUGUGAGACGUACAGAGAAGAAACUAAAGGAAGUGUUCAUGCAGGUGGAAGAUGAGCGUCGCCAUGCCGAUCAGUACAAGGAGCAGAUGGAGAAGGCUAACUCGCGCAUGAAGCAGCUCAAGCGGCAGUUAGAGGAGGCAGAGGAAGAAGCGACACGCGCUAACGCCUCCCGGAGGAAGUUACAGAGAGAGCUGGAGGAUGCCACUGAGGCCAGUGAGGGUCUGAGCCGAGAGGUUAACACACUCAAGAACCGUCUGAGGCGUGGGGGUCCGGUCAGUUUCCCCUCCGGCCGCUCGGGUCGCAGGCAGCUCCAGGUGGAGGGCGAGUUCUCUGAGGACGAAGCUGACAACAAAGUGAGCGACUCAAAUGAAGCACAGCCACCACAGAACGAGUAGAGAAGAGGAAACAGACACAAACCCCACCCCUGCCUUGACCUCUUAUCAUUCCUCCCUGCUGCCCCCCUGUGGUACUUCAGUGACAUUACACCCUCCAGAUCAUCACACACUAUAACAUUCUCCAUGUGCAAAAGUGAUUGUGCCUCAGUUAUCAUGACUGAUGGAUCAUCAACACACUCAUUCAUUCACACGCUUAGUGUAUGAAGGGAAAUGGAUGUAAUAUGAUGGAACAUCUUAGUUUACUGAAACACUAAUAAUCUGUUUAAGUUCAGAUAAUAAAUCAGAUUUUCAUCUGGAAUAAUUGUUCUCACACACACACACACACACACACGCACGCACACACACACACACACUUCAUAUCUGGACUCUGAUGAGAGGAAAAAAUCCGCAUGAGGUUCAGUAAUGAAUUGUUGAUUCAGAGCUUGUAAUGAAAACACUAAUUAAAAAUCUCGUGUUUCAACACUCGCAUAAUCAGAUUCUAAUUAGACUUCAAUAAAGACGUUGGGUUUAUUAUUAAAAUGGUUAGUGGGAUUUUCAGAUUAUUAUGAACAGACGGAUGUGUGUGAAACAUGGGCUGGUGUUUUUUCCUCCAAAAGACAUCACAGGAAGAAAUAUUAAUACCACACACACACACACACACACACACACACACACACAACAUCAACUGACUGGAAAUGCAAAGCUGUGACGAGGUGUUAGCUUGAACGUUAGCGUAUCUCCGUUCUGUUCCAUGCUUUAGAUAGAAAACAAACUGGAACAUUCUGCUUGGGAGAAUUCAUUAAAACGAGAAAAUGUUCGUAAGAUUAUUUCGAUGAAAUGUGAUUGCAAAAUGUUUUAAAACUGCACAUGUUGGUAAAAGCCAUACAGGAGUCAGACUGGAACAAAAAUGGGAGGAAGAGAAGGUUAAGUACUGUUUUAAAUGAGAGAAGGACCUUUUUCUUUUCUGUUUAAUAAACCGCUGCUUUUCUCUUUUUUGGUGUUGAAGGAAAAAUAGGAACAUGAAGGAUCUGGUUUAAUUAGACUGGAACACUACGGUGGUGAUUAUCAGGCACUACACAGAGUAUUGAAGCCACUACAACACUUUCAGUAUUACACACGUUUAAAACCCUAAAAUCACCCGCUAGCAUGUUUACACUUGUCCACAGACACGUUCACGCUAUUAGAACAAGAAACUGAGCCAUGAGGCCAAUGCUGCUAACAAGUAAUGAACGUUUAUGGGAUCCAGUUUAGCAUAGAGCGCUAAAUGUACAUCACACACACCAAAAUAUCUUUCAUUGUACUUGUUCUUGUUUUUUCUUUCACACACUCGUAAACAUGUUUAAUAUAAUAUAAUCUAUUCUUUCCUGAAUCCCUUAACCUACAGUGUUCGUCUUCAGACUAGGCCACGCCCCCCUGCCAGAGUUUGGGCUUUUCUGUGACUCUAACGUGACACUUUGCUAAACUGGAGGCUAUAAUUUCCCCUUGUUUGUUAGCCACAUUAACCUCACAGUGACCUACAAAAGAACGAAGCUUCACACACCGGACACGUCUCCACUGAUCUUAAAGAAAACUGGAAGAAAACUGAAUUUACGACCAAAAGUUUGCAAUAAUAAUAAUAAUAAUAUGCAGGGUGUCUGUAGACUUGUGUAAAUGUCAGUGUUUAUUGACGUUGCUUUAAAAAGUGCCUUAGAGUAAACUAAUAAAAAAAACUCCAAAACUCUGUCGACAGGUUGAGUUUAACUUGAAGGUGACCUGAUGGGAGAAUAAUAAUAAUAAUAAUAAUAAUAAUAAUAAUAAUAAUAAUAAUAAACACUAUCUAACUUUUAUUUUCUUUGUCUUUGGUUGUUAUUGUGCUUUGAGUCAUAUCCACUUUGCAUUGGCCCUUUUUUUGUGUGUAAACCAGCUUCAGUGUUUAAAAUUCUUCACACGGGAUUUCAUUUGGUUUAAAAGCUUUAUAACUUCAGCCCAUCAUCAUCAUCAUCAUCAUCCAGCGAUUAUCUUAAUUAUAAUGAUCAUAAUUAUUAUUAAAAUGACUAUUAUUGCUGUCAUUAUUAUUAUUAUUAUCAGCCUGACUGUUUGACUAGCAGACACUCAGCUGCAGAUACGCUAUAAUCCUCUCCUUUAUUCCUCGCCCUUGUAUACAGUUACUGUAUUUCUAGACAAGUGUUGUGUUUUUUGUAAAGGAAAAAAAAAAUAAUAAUAAUAAAAGCUUCAUUACAGAAGAAAA